CCACAGCAGGGGUGCUCCAGCCCUGUGAUCAUCUCUGUGGCCUCCUCUGGACCUGCCCCAGCACACCUGUGAAACAUGAGUGCCGAAACAGAUGCAGUUUCCACAUCUGCUUACUCAUCACCAGCCAAAAGCUUGGGAGACCCUGGAAUAACUCCACUGUCUCCAUCACACAUUGUGAAGGACUCUGAUGCAGACGAUGCUGUAGAACAGUUAUUUCUUGUUGUUGUGGCUAUUGAUUUUGGCACAACUUCCAGUGGCUACGCCUACAGCUUCACCAAGGAGCCAGAAUGUAUUCAUGUAAUGAGGCGAUGGGAAGGUGGAGAUCCAGGUGUUUCCAACCAGAAGACCCCGACCACAAUCCUCCUCACACCAGAGAGAAAGUUCCAUAGCUUUGGCUAUGCAGCAAGAGACUUCUACCAUGACUUGGAUCCCACUGAAUCAAAGCACUGGUUGUAUUUUGAAAAGUUCAAGAUGAAGCUGCAUACCACUGGUAAUCUUACCAUGGAGACAGACCUGACAGCAGCAAAUGGCAAAAAAGUCAAAGCACUUGAGAUAUUUGCUUAUGCUCUGCAGUUCUUUAAGGAACAGGCAUUAAAGGAGCUCAGUGACCAAGGAGGCUCGGACUUUGAAAACACUGAAGUAAGAUGGGUCAUUACAGUGCCUGCUAUUUGGAAGCAGCCUGCAAAGCAGUUUAUGAGACAAGCUGCCUACAAGGCAGGAAUGGCAUCUCCUGAAAACCCCGAGCAGUUGAUCAUUGCCCUGGAGCCCGAGGCUGCCUCUAUCUACUGCCGAAAGCUGCGCCUGCACCAGAUGAUAGACCUGAGUAGUAGGGCACCUGUCAAUGGCUACAGCCCGAGUGACACUAUUGGAACUGGAUUUACACAGGGGAAGGAGCACGUGCGCCGGAACCGGCAGAGCCGAACCUUCAUGGUGGAGAAUGUCAUAGGAGAGAUCUGGUCUGAGCUGGAGGAAGGUGAUCGGUACAUCGUGGUUGACAGCGGAGGAGGCACAGUGGACAUGACUGUCCAUCAGAUCAGGCUUCCUGAAGGACAUCUGAAGGAGCUCUACAAAGCAACAGGUGGCCCAUAUGGUUCUCUAGGGGUGGACUACGAGUUUGAGAAGCUGCUGUGUAAAAUCUUUGGGGAAGAUUUCAUUGAGCAGUUUAAAAUCAAGCGCCCUGCGGCCUGGGUGGAUCUGAUGAUCGCGUUCGAGUCCCGCAAGCGGGCGGCAGCUCCCGACAGGACCAACCCCCUGAACAUCACCCUGCCCUUCUCCUUCAUUGACUACUACAAGAAGUUCCGAGGGCACAGUGUAGAGCAUGCCUUGAGGAAAAGCAAUGUGGACUUUGUGAAGUGGUCCUCCCAGGGAAUGCUGAGGAUGAGCCCAGAUGCAAUGAAUGCUCUUUUCAAACCUACAAUUGACCAGAUUGUUCAGCACCUGAGUGAGGUGUUUGAUAAGCCAGAGGUGACCAAUGUGAAGUUCCUCUUCCUGGUGGGCGGCUUCGCUGAAUCGCCCUUGCUGCAGCAAGCCGUGCAGAGCGCUUUUGGCUCCAGGUGCCGGGUCAUCAUUCCCCAGGAUGUGGGGCUGACCAUCCUCAAAGGGGCUGUUCUCUUUGGCCUCGACCCUGCGGUGAUCAAGGUGCGGCGCUCCCCGCUGACCUACGGCGUGGGGGUGCUCAAUCGCUUCGUGGAGGGCAAGCAUCCCCCGGAGAAGCUCCUGGUCAAGGACGGCACGCGCUGGUGCACCGACGUCUUCGACAAGUUCAUCUCAGCCGACCAGUCCGUAGCCCUGGGAGAGACUGUGACCCGCAGUUACACACCCGCCAAGCCUUCUCAGUUAGUGAUAGUGAUCAAUAUCUACAGCUCGGAGCAGGACAACGUCAGCUUCAUCACCGAGCCCGGCGUGAAGAAGUGCGGCACGCUGCGCUUGGAUCUCACGGGAACUGACGCCUCCGUGCCCAACCGGCGCGAGAUCAAAACGCUGAUGCAGUUUGGGGACACUGAAAUCAAAGCCAUGGCUGUUGAUGUUGCCACCUCUAAAAGUGUCAAAGUUGGUAUUGAUUUCUUAAAUUACUGACGGCCCUUUCCCCCGCCACAGCCUGUUUGUGAGACUGAUCUUCCACUGUUCCGUUUUUUGACUUCUGUCUGUCAUGUCAUCACCGUGAAUUUCAGCAGGCUACAUGAGAACAGCUAGUGAGGUGGGGUGUGUUGUGGUUGUGUCCUUUGGUGACCAAGGACUGCAUUUUGAAAGACCCUUAAAAAGUUUUAGGAGCAGAAGUUCCAGAGGUAGUAAAAGUUACCAAGUUACUCACGCAUGCUUAUAGAUCUACCUUUAUAAAAUAAACACUGAUUAUAGUUGGGUCCUGAAGGUUAGUUAAAAAAAUACCAAGUUGUAAUCUCUUUGCCUUGUUCUUCUUCCUCUUCCUCCUGAGAAAAACUCACUAACCCACGUGGCUGUUGUAGGGGGUGUAUCUGUGUGGGAUAUCUGUUUAAACAGCACCAUCCUCUGGCAAUGGGAACAAAUUAGUAGUUUUAUUGUAUUCUUUUGAUUUUGCCCAGUGCUUUCAGAAUUUAAAGUGCUGAAAAUUAAUGACUCAAAGAAAUAGGAUCUCAAUUACAUAAAUUCUGUGUAAAGAAAAUCCCCAGAAAUUCUUAAAUUUAUAUUUAGGAAAUACAUAUGUGUUUUGGGGGCCUAAUAUUGAUUGUUCCAGGUUAAAAACAAGGCCUUUGUUGUCAGAGCUCUCAGAACAAGCUGUCAGAUUAAUUAGCUAGCAUUGCCCUUAUUAUACUUUGGAAAAUAAUAUUAAGAACAAACCUAUUUCUCUUUUGGGUCUUCUAAGGUUAUUUUAUUAGUCUCCAUCUGAAACCACAGAAUCACAAAGUAGUUAAGCUUGAAGGGGACAUCCAUUGACUGUCUGAUAAAACCUUUCUUUCUAAGCAGUAUCACUCAGAACAAGUUUCUUUUUCCAAUUUUAUGGUCUCCAAAGUGAAGAUCCCUAAACUCCAGGCAGCUUAUUUGACAACCCUCACUGCAAAGGUUUUUUUCUUACACUUAAAAGGAAUUUAUUGAGUUUAAAUUUGUGCGUGUUGCCUCUUUCUUGCUCCUUCACUGGAUACCUCAGAGAAGUCUGGCUCCAUCCUCUUUCCUGUCUGCUCUCAGACAUCCCUAGCAUCCCCUGAGCCUCCCUGAGUCCAGCAGCCCCAGCUCUCACAGCCUCUCCUCACAUGCAAGAUCCCCCAGUGCCCUCUCCCUUUGUGGCCCUUUGCUGCUCCCAGAGCUGUGUGUCUGUGUCUCUCUUGCCCUGGGAAGCACAGAGCCGGCCCUGGCACUCAGAUGUGGUCUCUGCAGGGCUGAGUCAGGGCAUGAUGCCUUUCCUGGCCUGCUGGCAGUGCUGUUCCCAGGGCAGGGGCACGCUGCUGGCUCAGCUCAGCCUGGCCCAGUGCCUGCCACCAUGCCAGGGGCUGCGCUGCCAGGCUGCUCCCAGGCAGCUUCUCCUGGUGCACGGGCU